AUCGGGGGGCCGGUCCUGCCGAUCCGACAGGUAGCAAGACACGCCAGGCACGGCGUUCUGUCCCCGUUUCUGUUUGUCGGCUAUGGCCGGUAGCAAGACCGAGAGAGGCCUUCGACUCCUCAAGAUACCUGCUCGGGCACGAUCGGCUUCGGCGUCUGCCGCCCGAGCUCGGCACCACCCACGCCCCACGUCGGCACACGCGAGCGACGUCGCAUCCGACUCUCACGAGGUGAGGGGAGGAGGACCCGCGAAGUCGCUGUGAACACACGCUCCCGCGCCUCGUUCGCGCUCAGCAACGCGGGACGAGGUCCCCGCUCCCCCUUCACGAUAUCAACUCCAAGGCCCAGCUCCAGGGCCUUGCUCCAACGAGAGAGUCGAACACAGAUCCGGGUCUUGGCCACUGGCCUGGGAGACGCCGCACGCCGUCCCCUCCCGCCGGCCGUGUUGUCGAACCGCAAGCCGAGUCUGUGUGGCCAUGUCGAUGAUUUGCCCUCGCCGACGGGCGUGUCUUGUUCCGCGCCGACGUCGUACCCUUCCCAUAUGCAAGAUGCGGCGGUGCGAUGUAAAGUCACCUUUUGUCAAGGGCCCUCGGCGGUUCCUCCUCUUUCUAGUGCUGGACUGCCCCCGCUGCGCGAGGUCGUGUGAUCGAGGCAGUUGCCAGAGACUACAUCAUGCCAGCGCUGGGCGAGGCGACCGCGAAACGUCAAUAGCGAGAGAGCACCCAGAGGUACAACCGAGUAGCCUGGGACAGGUCGUGACUAAACCAGAACCAACGCGAAAUGAACCCCGUCGGUUCUUCAAACAUCACCCGCUAGGUAUGGUUGGAAUAAGUUGGAAUAGCAGGAAUAGCAGCGUUCCUCGUCGGUCCCGUCACUUCUCCCGAUCCGUGGGUGCGGUACGACAGCCCGGUCAGGGCCAUGGGCCCCAAACAUCACAAAGUGAGAGCAUACGACCGUCUUCGUCAGAACGUGUUAUUCUUACCGCAUAUCAAAGUGAUGGAGCGAAGGGAAGAGCAGUCUUUUUUUUUUCUUUUUUUUUUCUUUUCUUCUUCACAAAAGAAACACAUACAUGGCAAUGUGACUGCGACCGUGAGCUCGUCUCGCACCCUCGGCCAACUUUAAGUCUCUCGGGUCGACGCAUACCAGGAUGCGUCAGUCGUCGGUCAGGAUGGGUGGGGAAUCAAGAGGUUGCAGCAGCAGCAGCAGCAUGUAGGCGACCGCUUUGCCGUCCUCAUAAGACCAGGAUGCGGUAAAAGUUAAGCAACAAUACGGACGACGUGAAGGGCGGGCAGAGCGUCAUCGGCCGGGGUUCUCUAGCCGGGGGCAUUCUUACUCUUGGCACAGCCAAGCGUUAUUUGGACAUG